ACUAUACUACUGAGACAUCGACAGCUUAGCACACCGCUACAGCGAAACGCCAAACUGGGCUCCUGUUAGUGAUGCGGCAUUGAGGCACACUUUCAUUUAACUCCGUUGGGGGACGAAAUAAUAGUACUAUCCCACGUUAAUGUAUUUUGGGUUAUACGUAGCCUAACCUGAAAACUCAACCAAACAAGUAGUAAAAUCAUAUAGGCUCAAGGGUUAAGUUUGUAGUCAACUUAAAUUGUUAUUUUGUGCCCUUGGAACGAAGUUUAGGCGCACGUUAUACAGCUUCAACUCACAGAUGCAAUUAUUAUGUUUUUUUCAGAGCACUUUUCAUUUUGAAGUAUGAGGUAGGACGAUCUUGAAAGCACGCGUAGGAUAGGCUACUUCAUGUAAAUCAAGGGACUUGGACCAACUGCGUUUCUCCUUCAGUGGGAUUCAACCAGAGUUAACCCAAGAUAUUUCAGAAGGAAUAACAUCGUUUCUUUCUAACAAAGUUAAUCGGUGUCAAUAUUUUUUUUUUGUAAUAUACGAACGUGGAUCAGCCAUUUUUUAGAACAUGGAUAAUUUUCUGUAGUGGAUACCUUUUUUAAUUGACAUUUUACUUGCUUCCGACGAGGAUCUUUUCCGUCCCCUUUUACCCACUUCAGUCUAAUUCAUGGCACUUCUUUUAAAGCAGUGAUGUCGCUACGUGACGGGAAUUGCUAUUGAUUUUCAUAUUUUGUUUCUAGGGAUAGAAGAAUUGCAGUUUAGAAGACAAGCUUCCCACCCACUUUGAUUAUGGACUUGGCAAGUUGGGCACAUGUGCUGGUGGUCUUGCUCACCUGCCUGGUCUUGCCGUCCUGGGCCCAGGAGAAGGACUACACAGUGAGAGAGGAGCAGCCAGAGAAUGUCCGCAUUGGUAACCUCCGGCGGGACCUGGACCUGGCCCUCGACCCGGACAUCAAGCUAUCCUCACCACUGCAGUUCAAGCCAGUCUACAAGACGGGUGACGUGCCUUUGGUGAGGGUGGAGGCCAAUACCGGCGAGAUCUUCACCACCUCCCAUCGCAUUGACCGUGAAAAGCUCUGCUCUGGAGUAUUCAACGAGAAACGCUGCUACUAUGAGAUCGAGGUGGCCAUCCUGCCUGAUGAGAUCUUCCAACUGGUCAAAAUCCGGUUCCUCAUUGAGGACAUCAAUGACAACGCACCGCUGUUCCAAUCCACGGUCAUAAAUAUAUCCAUCCCAGAGAACACAGCCAUAAACACCCGCUACCCGGUGCCAUCAGCCUUUGAUCCCGAUGUGGGCAUAAAUGGGAUUCAGCACUACGAACUGGUCAAGAGUGUCAGUGAGUUUGGCCUUGACAUCAUUGAGACCCCGGAGGGCGACAAGUGGCCCCAGCUCAUUGUCCAGCAAAGCCUGGACCGGGAGCAGAAGGACACCUUUGUCAUGAAGAUCAAGGUGGAGGACGGAGGUACUCCACCCAAAUCCAGCACAGCAAUCCUCCAGGUGACCAUCUCCGAUGUAAACGAUAAUCGCCCGGUCUUCAAGGACAGCGAGGUGGAGGUGACCGUUCCGGAGAAUGCGCCAAUGGGGACAUCGGUGACCCAACUCCAUGCCACAGAUGCCGACCUGGGCUCCAAUGCACAGAUCCACUUCGCCUUUAGCAACCAGAUCGCCGCCUCCACCAAACGUCACUUUGCCAUCGACAGCUCCACGGGACUCAUCACCGUCAAACAGCCGUUGGACCGAGAGAUGACCCCAGUCCACAAGCUGAUUGUGCUGGCCAGUGACGGGAGCUCCAGCCCCUCUAGAGCCACAGUGAUCGUUAACGUGACGGACGUUAACGACAAUGUUCCCUCCAUAGACACCCGCUACAUAAUGAACCUAGUUAAUGGGACUGUUCUGCUGUCCGAGAAUGCUCCUCUUAACACAAAAAUAGCCCUAAUUAGAGUCACAGACAAAGACGCUGAUCUGAAUGGUAAAGUGACUUGUUACACUGACCAUGACGUUCCCUUUCGGUUGAGGCCCGUCUUUAAUGACCAAUUCUUACUGGAAACUGCUGCCACACUAGACUAUGAAACAACCAGGGAAUAUGCAAUUAAGAUAGUGGCCUCCGAUUCAGGGAAGCCUCCCUUGAACACAUCAGCGAUGGUUUUAAUUAAAAUCAAGGAUGAAAAUGACAACGCACCCAUCUUCCCCCAACCUGAGAUACAGCUCUCCAUACCAGAGAACAACGACCCCUCCACGCAGUUGAUCAAAAUCAGUGCUACGGACGCCGACAGCGGACAUAAUGCAGAGAUUAUUUAUACUCUCGGCCCUGACUCGCCUGACGGGUUUAACGUGGACAGACGAUCGGGAGUCCUCUCUGUUGGAAAGCGUCUGGACAGGGAGAAGCAGGAAAAGUAUUCAUUCACUGUCAUUGCCAGGGACAACGGCUCCACGUCGCUGCAGAACAAUGUCACAGUAAGGUUAAUCGUCCAGGACCUUAACGACAACAGCCCUGCGUUCACCCACCCCGAGUACAACUUCUACGUGCCUGAGAACCUGCCUCUUUACGGGACCGUGGGCCUGAUCACGGUGACGGACUCGGACGCCGGCGACAACGCAGUCGUCACCCUCUCGAUUUUGAACGGCAAAGAUCAUUUCAUUAUCGACCCCCAGACCGGCGUGAUCAAACCCAACAUCACGUUCGAUAGGGAGCAGCAGAGCUCGUACACAUUUACGGUGAAGGCAGUAGAUGGGGGUCAGCCACCUAGCACCUCAUAUGCAAAGGUCACCAUCAACGUCGUCGAUGUCAACGACAAUCGGCCUGUGUUUGUCAUACCCUCCUCCAACUAUUCCUAUGAUUUGGUUCAGUCUACCACCAGUCCUGGGUCUGUGGUCACAAGGGUUUUUGCCAUUGAUAAUGAUACAGGCAUGAAUGCUGAGCUGCAAUACAGCAUCAUCAGGGGCUCCCUGAGAGGGCUUUUUGCCAUAGACAAAAUCUCUGGUAACAUAACACUGCAGGAGAAGAUAAUUGCAGCAGAUCAAGGUCUGCACAGGCUGGUAGUCGAGGUCAAAGAUCUAGGCCAGCCAGAGUCAUUACACGCCAUUGCACUCAUUCACCUGUUUGUAAAUGAGACUGUGUCUAACGCUACCUUCAUCCAGGAACAACUACGGAAGAGCAUGGAGACGCCCUUGGACCGCAAUGUGGGGGACAAUGAGGUGACACCCCAAACCAACGGAUAUGUCAUCGUUGUCAUAGCUAUCAUAGCAGGGACGAUGACUGUGGUGCUGGUCAUUUUCGUGACGGCCUUGGUACGCUGUCGCCAGACGCCCCGCCACAAGGUGGUCCAGAAGGGCAAGCAGAGUGGUGAAUGGGUGUCGCCCAACCAGGAGAACCGUCAGAUCAAGAAGAAGAAGAAGAAAAAGAAGAGGUCCCCCAAGAGCCUCCUGCUGAACUUUGUAACCAUCGAAGAAUCCAAGCCUGACGACCCGACCCACGAGCACAUUAACGGUACCUUAGACCUCCCGGUGGAAUUGGAGGAGCAGACGAUGGGAAAGUACAACUGGGCCACCACUCCGACCACCUUCAAACCUGACAGUCCGGACUUGGCCAAGCAUUACAAGUCUGCCUCUCCCCAGCCCACCUUUCAAAUCAAACCAGAGACCCCUGUAGCUCCCAAGAAGCACCAUGUCAUCCAGGAACUCCCCCUGGACAAUACGUUUGUGGUGGGCUGCGACUCACUGUCCAAGUGUUCUUCAACCAGCUCCGACCCUUACAGUGUCUCAGAAUGCAGCUGUCAAGGGGGAUUCAAGACCGCGGGCCAAAUCAGCACCCGACAGAAUCAGAGCCAGAUGCCAGAGAAGUCCUUCAGCAUCCAACCCAUCUGUCCUCAUAAGGAGACCUGUCAACUCGGCAAGAUAUCUUCUACAAAUACCCAGCGCCGCGUGACCUUUCACCUUCCAGAUGGCUCCCAAGAGAGCUGUAGUGACAGCGGCCUGGGGGACCAAGAGCCCAGCAGCACUGCCAGCACCACUCAGCCUCUGCCCCUCAGCUUCGCCCAGGAGGAGUACUACGAACAGACCUCACCCAACAGCCGUACUGAGGGAGAUGGCAACUCUGACCCAGAAUCCACCAUUGAAGUGAACCUGCAGAAAGCCUUGGCAGAAGCCUCAGAGACCUGCACCCAGGAAUGUCUGAUCCUUGGCCACUCCGACAGCUGCUGGAUGCCCCCAGCCCUGACCCAGUUCCAGACGUCCACCACCACCAUCACCCUGCCUUCCUUCGGCUUCCAGCAGAGCUGGGCCCGAGGAGGCAAGAUGGACGGGCGUCACACCUUGGGCCGGUCAGUACCCAAGGACGAUCUGGACAAAGGAAUCAACCGUCCGCAGUUCUAUAACACGUUGGAGAGACACUGCACCAGCAAGAAAGCAGAGCCAGCCAAGGUCAUACCUCUGGCCAGCUUCUCUUCACCUGGACAGCAGACUUCUCCUUCCUCCACUGGAGGCAGCGCCUCCUUCAUGCACGAGCACCAGUUGUAAGGUCAGCAGUGACGUCAACUCCACCAUGUAAACUGUAAGGCUCUACACAUCCGCAGUGACAUGUCUCAGAUAUUCUGAUUAGCGUGUGUGUGUGUUUUGAGAAACAAAUAUGGACAAAACAUUUACUUGCUCUGUGUUGCAUAAGAAGAGAGCUUGAUGCUGGUUGUUAAAAAAUCUAUAGUGCAAAAAAAACAUGGAAUAAAUAUAAAAGAAUAACCAUUAAAAGGAAAAUCUAAAUAUUUGUUGAAAUCCAAUGUAUGUACAUUGUAUAAAUGGUAGUUCUAUACCAAAGUAGUGUCUUUGCAGAAAAGAUGAGAAAAUGUCAUAUGUCCCAGUUUGAUAGUUCACAUAUCCAGUAAAAGGAUGUUUUGCAUCAUGUGCAUUGGAAUUGGCUUGGUAGACAUAUUGUCAAACAAUUGACUAUAUGUACAGAUAAUCAAAUGCAAAUGCAGUGUUUUCUUGUUGAGUGAGCUGUAACUGGCUUUAUGUUAUUUGUGAACACCAGGUGAAUAGUGCAUCUAUCCACAUUUCUGGUGACAUAUUGCUUAGCAUAUUCAGUAAGACAAGUGACUCAAACUCUUCUGGUGAUCCAACAUAUGUAGGCUACUUCUCCUGUCUUGUGUGAAUUGGACUGCUGAAGCCAGUCAGUGGGUCUGCAGAUGGGACAUACUGUAGAACACAAGCCCGAAAUUGCAGAACUAGGCCAACAGUAAGAAUUCAGUAGAACAAUAUAGGUUAGAAUUCAAACAAACCUGCCAUAGCGAUGUUUACGUAUUUAUUUAUGUACUGAAGUGGAGGUGCAUACCUGUCAAUGGAAGCCAAUAGUGGCACAGUGACAUUUCAUCUUAAAUUCUCAUACAGUUUUUUGAAUUGGUCUUGGGAAUAAAAAAAUAUAACAAAUGUUACCGCAUGAAUACUACAACAUAACUUUCAUAAGCCAUAGUUGUACUUAAUAAUAAUGUUUUGUGUGUGGAUCUUGAACACCCUCUAUCCCAGCCCCACUGCCACUUCUGUGGGAUGAGACGUGUUCCUCAGAUGUUUGGCGUACGGUGGUUGCUACGCCUCUGACACUCCCACAUCCCUACUCUGUUAAGAACUUGCUCAUUUUCAACAUUAUCUCAUUAGGCAGCCUUGAAAAGCAUAGACAGAUGUGCAGCAGAGCAAGCUUUUGCUUUUUCUCUCUUUUGGUUUUUAACAGUCUCUCUCUCUCUCUCUCUCUCUCUCU